AUGAGUGUUCGAGAGCUGGAGUCUGCCGAGACUCUGUAUGAACAGACGAGCACCAGCCAAGACGUCGGAGACGAUGAGAAGAAAGAGAGGACAGACGCGCCAUCACCGACCGACGAUCCAUUCGGGAAUGAAGAGCAUGCGGAGGUUAAAUAUCGAGUGAUGAAGUGGUGGCAGAGUGGAAUGUUGAUGACUGCACAGAAUGUCUCCUUGGGAAUUCUAUCUCUGCCAUCUGCGGUUGCAACACUAGGGAUCGUUCCAGCCAUUAUCAUCCUUGUGGUCAUGUCUGGAGUAGCCUGGUAUACUGGCAUUCUGAUCGGCAAAGUUAAACUACGAUACCCUCAAGUCCACAGCAUGAGCGACGCAGGAGGGAUAUUCCUGGGGCGGUUCGCGCGGGAGUUCCUCAGUGUUGGCCAGUUGAUAUUCUUGAUUUUCCUCAUGGCCAGUCACGUCCUGACGUUUUCGGUGUUGAUGAAUGAGCUCACGGACCAUGGCGCCUGUACGAUUGGAUUCUCGGUGGUUGGGCUGGCUGUGAGCUUCAUCGGGUCAAUACCGCGGCGAAUGAAAAGGGUAUAUUGGAUAUCGGUGAUAUCGUUCGCGAGUAUUCUCACUGCGACGGUCUUUACGAUGAUUGCAAUCGGCGUCCAGAACCCGGUAUCCCAUCGCCUUCAAAUUGCGACCAGCCACGGAUUCGCAAAACAGUUUCUCGCCGUUACGAAUAUUUUGUUCGCGUAUAUCGCUCACGUUGCCUUCUUCGGAUUUAUCUCGGAAAUGCAAAACCCUCGAGAUUACCCCAAGUCCCUCGCGAUGCUACAGAUUCUAGACACUUCCAUGUACGUCGUCACGGCGGUGGUAAUAUACUGCUACGCUGGCCCCGACGUUAUGUCUCCCGCGCUGAGCUCGGCAGGGCCAGUCAUGAAGAAAGUCGCCUGGGGACUGGCUAUCCCAACGGUUGUCUUCUCAGGAGUAAUCCAUGGACACGUUGCCUCGAAAUAUGUAUAUGUUCGUAUGCUCCGGGGAUCAUCGCAAAUGCACAAUCGGAGCUUCCGCUCUGUCGGAGCUUGGCUAGGAAUUGGAUUCGUGGUGUGGGUUAUCGCUUGGGUUGUUGCUGAGUCUAUCCCGGUAUUUAAUGAUAUGCUGGGUUUGAUUAGCUCGUUGUUUGGAAGUUGGUUUAGUUACGGGUUGCCCGCGAUAUUCGGGCUGGGCAUGAACAAAGGCCAGUUGUUCUCCUCACCGAGGAGAAGCUGUGUUACAAUUAUCCAGCUAACAGUGGUUGGCAUGGCCUGUGCUAUUUGCGGGCUCGGACUCUACGUCACGGGCAAAUCAAUCCACGAAACCUCUCAAUCCUCGAGUUGGACGUGCGCCAACAAUGGAAGCUAG